AUGAUUUCUAUUUUGGUUUCAAUUUUUCUUAGCUUUCUCGGCAUUGUCACUGCGGCAAUCAACGAUCCUGCUUACUACAAUUCAUUAUCUUCUUUUAUUAACAAGGAACACAACUUUUCAAAGGGCAACGGAACUAUUUCCGUAGAAGCUGCUUCGUUGGUUUACAAUAAGAGAAGCGAGUACGAUUCCUACUUUAAAGACUUCUCGUUUUAUCUGUUUGAUGCUUUCGACAAGUUGGUUCAAUUGCAUUCAUUGCUUAAAGAUGCAGAGUUAGCAAGUGCAACUGGUGAUAGAUUGUACUUGUAUAAUUACAUCGCAUUCAACGGACAAGACGAGCAAGUCGAACUUAGUUCUUCUUCAGCUUUCAAGCAGGAGGUAUGCAAAUUUUUGGAUAUCAAUAGCCUCAACGAUACUUCUACCUUAUCAGCAAGUUCAGGAAACGCAGAUUUGUCAUUGUUCUACCAACAGAUCCAAAUUGAAGACUGCGGUAAGUCGAAAAAUAUCGCCAGAGAUAGCACUAGUUGUGAUGGAAGUCAUGCUCCUAAUGCUGGUAAUUGUCAGGCCUUGGCCGACGACCUUGAGUAUAAUCAUGGUGGAGAUGUAUUUAGUGAUUCUCCAAGAUCGUAUUGCCUCGCAGGAUGUUGUGUAUCAUGGAGUGCACCUAUAUCUGCUACAGGAGAUUGGCUUUCUGCAAAAGCUGGUUGGUGUAUUCAACAAUGUGUUAAUGCAGGGUUGAGUUGUGAAAUUUUUGGUGUUGUUUACGCAAACAAAACACUUGACUUUUGUUUAAGUUACAGAGCGGAUGGGUGUACCUAG